AUGUAUAAGUGGGAUAUUUCAUCAAUAAUGACUUCAAAAGGGGAUCAGUCAGCAAAGAAAAGGAAGAAGACAACGAUUGUGGAUUUGGAGAGCGAAAGCGAUGGAGAUAUCGUCGUAGUUGAAGAGAAACGUCCUUCUACCCAAAUACGCAAGCCAACUAGGGAUUCUGGGGAUAACGCUGUUCCAUUCUACAGUCAAAACUUCCAUCCAAUGUUCCACACCCGUAGUCUAGAAAGAGCUGUCAAGAAAAAAGAAGCGUGGACGAAACCGAAACCUGAAGUUCAUUGUCUUUUUUUCGCUGGUUCUGCACCGAGGAAGACUGAGGACUUGGCUGUUAACCCCAGAAUAAUUGAAAAGUUGAAAGUGCAACUCUCCAAGAGGAAUGACGGUAACAAACUGCUCUUGGUAACUGGACCAGCUGGUUCAGGGAAAUCAACAUCCAUUGAAGUUGUGGCACGUUCUUUGAGCUUUGAAGUCCUCAGAUGGGAGAGAGAUUCGGAGCUGGAGAUAGUAACUGCCGGAGAAACUUCGUACAUAAAGGAAGAAAAUGAGAUGAAUUCGUUCUUACGAUUUCUACGAAAGAGCACGCUCCCUGAGAAACUUCGACGACACAGACGCCGAACUCCCGUACUGGGACGAUUAUAUCACAUUCAAGAUUUGCCCACCAUUGCGUAUAAGGAUCCCGUGCAAUUUCGCCAAGAUAUCUCUAGUCAUCUUCGCGAAUCGAAUGACUUCAUCGUUUUUGAUCUCACUUCACAAGACUCUUCAUGGACCAUGUCUCCGAAACGGAUAUUUACGAAAUCAUUUAUCAAGAGUUUGGGUAUGUCAGAACUCGAGUUCUGUCCCAUAGCCAGUACCUUCAUUCGGAAAGGAUUAAGAAGAGUUGUAGAUUGCCUAGGUUUUCACAAUAGGCUCUCCGUGCAAGACUACAAAGCUGUCGAGAAGCUCACAAACGGGGACAUUCGAAGUGCCAUCAGCAUCAUUCAGUUCUCGCUUCUCUGUAGCCGUGAGAAAUUUGCUAUUCCUAAAGUGUUUGAAGCUACAUCUAAUGACGAAUUGUUCCAUAUGCUGGGUGUGUUGCUCUAUGCUAAGCGAGAAAAAGAAGGCUCCAACUUCUCAGAGAUCGAAAUGGCUGUUCGUGAGGAUCUGCGUCGUCCACUUCCUACCAGAGACAUUAAUGAUGUUCUCGAUAUGUCUAAAGCUUCUGCAGCUACUGUCAUGAUGUUUCUACAUGAACAUGAACCGAAUUUUUCGGGUUCUAUUUCUGCAACGCGAAAAGUUUUCGAUUCAAUGUCGCUUUGUGACUCCAUGUCAUCAGACUGGGAGACACGUCAAAUUAGCCAAGAUUUCGUCUCUCAGAUAUGCGCUCGGUCCACAAUGUUUUACAACUACAAAGCUAACAGAUUAGCCCGUGGUCUCUAUAAGUACAGCCUUCCGAAAUUUAUUCGACUGUUUAACUACACACGGUCUCUUAAGGAAGAAAUGACCGAUGUAAUGAAAUGUUUUGGAUCGUGCGAUCAACACUUUGGUGAAAUAGAUAUACCGUACAUCUCUGUGAUAAAAUCUUCGCUGACUGGAAGUCAGUAUCGACUAGCAAGCUAUCUCACAAGGCCUUGGAACUUCACUUGGAACAUUGAUAGAUCUCUCUGGGAUCAUCAGAUUGCGUCUGAUCCUUCGUAUCGUAUUGCGCAGCUCAGAGAAAGCGUUGACGAUGCUUUUUUGUCUCAGCCUUCACAAUUGCACGAUGAUAUUGAUGAGGAGACCUUCACGAUCGAAGACUCGGAAAACGGUACUGAUAGUGAUGACAGCUUCGAAGACCCGGUUACAUUCAACUAG